UUAAUGAUGCGGUUUAGUUAAAUAACGCAGCCGCGGCGCCAGGUGCAGUUGUCGAAGCAAUUUUCCGGAGGCAAACUGUGUCUGUGCACAACCUGCGCUCGGAGUCAGAUUACAAGUGCAGUUUGCAGCAUAUUCUAGCCUUUGGAAAAUUACAUUGCAUUGAAUCCUGCAUUAUUGAUCCUUGAAGAUAUUGUGAAAAAUGCUGCACCUGGUUUACACCGUGUUGCUCUUAUCUGCUGCUUUCAAUACAGGUUCAAGCCUGCCUUCGGUUGAAAUAGAGUGUUCGACAGUUGCCUGGAUUGCUGGAGGUGCAGUUACUGCAGUGGUUGCUGCCCCACUUGUUGUCGGGGCACUCGGGUUCACUGCCGCUGGAAUAUCAGCUGGAUCUGCGGCAGCAACUAUGAUGUCUUGGUUUGGAGGAGCGACAGCGGCAGGUGGUGUUGUGGCAACUUUGCAGGCUGUCGGAGUCAUUGGAUUAACUGCAAGUGCAAAGGUUGUCGUGGCGAGCACGGGCGCUGGUGUUGCCUAUCUUGCCAAAUCAGUUUUUCGGGAGUCUUCAGAUGAACAUUGUGUUAUAAAGUUGAAUGGGUGAUGUUUUGUGUAAGUUUAUCACUAAAUGCAAUUCAAAUGUGUUUUUGCAUGGUCCAUUCUGAGAAUAAAAUUAUCUGUUCUGGAUCAUCAUAUUGUUAAUUUGUUAAUUUCAAAGGAUGAACAAUAGUCUGUACCACAAUAAACAUUGCAAGGUUCCCUUUCUCAUCGAAUUGUUGCAAAAAAUUGACAGAGGUCGAAUGGAGACUUUUGAAAAUGUUGUUAACAUUCACGUUUUCCUUCAAUGCUACUGUUCAAGAGAGAUUCUAGAUGAAUGCAACAU